CAGGUUUGAAUCUUUGCUGAUAGUUUUUUUAUCUAUUUCUUUAGUUAGUUUUUAAUUUUAAAUUACUCUUAAAGUAGAACACGUGGUGUUGUUUAGUGAUUUUUAAUCAGCGACGUGUGCUCUGGCUUAUUAAUCACUUUUCUGCAUGAGUAUUUCCCCCAGGGUUUUCUUCUGGGUUUUGCUUGGUCCUCUCUUCUGAAUUUUAGCAGGCGAUCAGGUCAAGUGUCUUUUGCUUUGUGCAACUUGAUGUUUGGGGGUUGCUCUGAUUGUUUUAAUGGAGAAAAUGACUUUUGUGUAUGGGGAUUUAGGUCUGAUUUAAGGUUCAUGAGGUUUUGCACACCAGGUGUUUGAUAGUUUGUCUAGCUUAAUUUUAAAGCUUUUUUUAUGGGUAACUUGGUCUACAAUUGUUUAUGGCUUUUGUUAAUUGGUUUAUGGUGGGACUUCAUGAUAGGGAUGUAUGUUGUGUCAAGCACUCCAUGCUUUCAUCUCUUUAGCCUUUCUAGAUAGUAAUACCGUCUCAACUCCUCAUUAUAUCUAAGGUGUUAUCUUUCUUAUUAUGUAAUGUAAUACUUCCAUUUUUUCCACCAAUCAUGUUGCUGCUUCUUAAAAAGAGAAAAAAAAGUUACUACUUCGUUAGGUCUUCUCUGAUGAAUUUUUGACUAAAUUUAAUGAUUUUGUUACUUUAGACAAUCUUUUAUGUAUUGCAAUAUAUUACUUUGUUAUUUUUAUCAUGAUUGUUUGCAUGACCCGUAUUUAUACUAUAUAUGAACCCGACCAACCCAACCCGAAACCGGUUCUGACCUGAACUCAUGCGUAGAACCAAAGGGGAGUGUACAAGUCCAUCAGAUGCUUUGUUUGGUGGAGGGUAUGCGUCGGCAUUUGUCCAUCAGAUGCUUGCUUUGUUGAAUGUUGACGCCCUUCCAAAUGCAUGAGAUGUUGAGUGAAAACAAUUUCAUUUGAAGGAAAAUACUAUGCUACAAAUUUAGAAUAAGAUAGGGAUUGGGGAAUAGUGGUACCGUUAGGGGUGUGGAUUUAUGACACGGCCCGAAAACAUGACAAGAAUCUAACACGAAAUUCGUGGGUUUGGGUUUAGUCUAAAUGGGUUCGGGUCAGUUUCAGGUUGAACUCGCGAACCCGUUUAGCUAAACGGGUCAGGUUCGGGUCAACCCAGUCGGGUUAGUGGGUUAACCCGUUUAACCCAUUUCUAUUUUAUUAUAUUUUUUAAAAUAUAUUUUAUGUCAUAAAUUAAAUUGGGUGUGUAUUUUAUGCUAUAAAAAUAACUUAAAAAUGGAAGUUGACAUAAACUUUUAUGAUUUUAAUGUAAUUUUAUUAUAUAAAUUUGUGUUUUUUUUUUGUAGUAGUGUUAAUUUUAAUAUAAUAAUUUGCUGAAAAAAAUAAAAAAUAAAAAAAUCGGGUUGAACGGGUCGGGUUCGGGUUAGUAUGCGAAUAUUCGGGUUGGGUUCGAGUUGAUAUCUAUGGCACAAUUUUCGGGUUCGUCAAAAAUUUCCGGGUUCGGGUCGGAUGUUAAACCAUUUAGAUAUGAUGCAAUAUAUAAAACACCUACCAGCCAGAUAAGAACAUUUUGGAAAAGGUAAAAAAAACCUGGUGCAGUGGACAGUGACGGCUGGUCACAACCGCAACAGCCAGACCGCCGAAGGAUUACGUGUGCGCCUGCUUCUGACCCGAACCAAAACCACCUUUUUUCUAAUCGAUCCGUUUUGACCCCAAGUGUUUUUAUUACGGAUGCUUUGAUCCGUUUUGACCUAGGCUCGCUUUGACCUAGCAUGCCGCCCAAUCCAAUGAAAGUAGUUGAGUUAUUCUGGACUGAAGUGUUUUUAUCACGAAAUUCUUCCCCGAAUCAAAACAACCCUUUUUUUCUUAUUGAUCCGUUUUGACCCGAAGUGUUUUUAUUACGGUUGUUUGAUCCGUUUUGACCCGAGCUCGCUUUGAUCUAGCAUGCCGCCCAAUCCAAUGAUAGUAGUUGAGUUAUUUUGGAUUGAAGUGUUAUUAUGGAAGUUUUGUUCGAUGUUAAUAUUUUAUUUUGCCAAUUUUGUUAAUGCACUUUUGCAAACCAGGUUUAUUAUGUUGGUCAGUUUUGAUAUUCUGAUUGGUUUGACUUAUCAAGAUAUUCCUAUUAUAUGUAUCAUGUUGGUGAUAACUUUAACAUGUAUCGUUAUGUAUGGUUCUCUUGAUAAAAAUAACAUAGAAAGUAUAUUUAAACAUAUGUGGCGCAUAAUCUGAUUAACAUCUAUUCAAUAUUUUUUUUUAUUUCGUAUGAUGUAUGUUGGGAUGGAAUUGUUAUUUGGAUUUUUCCAUUAUUGUGGUUGAUUUAGAAUUUGCUUCACUAAUGUUUUGCUGACUUAUUUGAUAAUUUAUUUGUUCUUUAGUUACUCUUUCCCUCGAAGUUGUUUUUGCGCGUAUUUAUGCAGGUUUCUGAAAAUGGACAGCAACGGAAUAUCAGGAUUGCGACCCAAAGGCCCAGCACCAGCGCUCGAAGUACGUGUCAUUCGCAAGUGGGUACCUAAGUAUCGUGAAAACGAAUUGCAUUUUGUCUUCGUUGAUGAAGAGGGAAUGGGGAUCCAGGCUUUUGUAAAAGGCAAAAACUGCAAAACUCUUGACUCAAAGUUAUGCCUACAAACAUGCUAUCAAAUAAAAGGUUACGGAUGCACAGAUCCAGACAACUUUACAAACACGUUGACCCAUCCGGCUACAAUGAACCUUGGAAAUGCCACUGUCAUCACCUCAAUUCCAGACAAUGAGAACAUACCAAAACAGUACUUCGAGCUAGCCACGCGCAGAAGAAUGGAAGUUCAAGCGAAAACAGAAGGGAUUGUAGAUUACAUUGGACUACUGCAACGGCGAAUUGAGGACAAAAAAACCCAUGACAAUAGACCCUAUGUUGUUCUAUCACUCAAAGACUGCAGCAACCAAGACAUUACGUUUGCACUCUGGGAAGAAAUAGCCACGGUCAAAAGUCGGUUCAAUAGGACUGACGUAGAAGCUGGAGCAGCACCUGUAAUACUAGCGAUGACAGGAUUAAAAGCAAAAACAUAUUAUGGCACGCUACAACUAUCUUCAACAGCUGCUACACAUGUCUACCUCAAUCCACAAACAGUAGAGACUGAGACUUUAAAAGAAAUGUAUAAAAACUCAGAUAUGCAAAACUGGGAAAUCACUACACCAACAGACUUAGAGGUUCCAAUUUCACACCUACUUCAAAGCAACGCUGGCAUAAUUGGCAAGAGUUUCAUAAUAAGGGGGAAAAUAACAGAAAUCAUGUCAUCCAACGAUUGGCACUACACAGCAUGCCCUAAAUGCCGUCAAAGAAUGCUACAAACAGGUUCCGAAGGGUUUUGUGUAGAUGAUGGAAACUUUGACAAGGCAGUUUGCAUGUACCGGAUACCGGUAAAAAUCUCAGACAAAACAGGAACAAUCACCGGCACAAUCUUUGAUCGAGCAGCCAAUCAACUUCUACAACAAACAUGUGAAGAGGCGCUAACCAAACAGAACCUAACCCAACAACUCCAGUCAAUGGAAAACAAGGAAGCGAAGUUCCAAAUUCAAGUACAACCAGAUGUCAAGAACCGCACUAUCAACAACGCGAACUACCUACAAACAGAAACAACAUACCACACCUCUACCAGCACGCCACCUAUAACAACCCCACAACCAGUAACACCGCCACCAAAAACACAAAACACAACCUCCGCAAAGCGUUCUCUGAUCAUGCAUGAAGGUCUUGAAGCUACAACGCAGAAGCAAGCAAAGGUUGAUGACACAACCAACUGAAGUACCAAAUCGUUGUCGAACAAAGGAAACCACGUCAAAAAUCCGUUUUUUGUUUAGUGUAAAAAACUAAGUAUGCUUUCCGUUUAGUAUAAAAAACUUAGUAAUAUGUAAACUGUUUUCCGUUUAGUGUAAAAAACUAAAUACGUAGACUAAGUAUGCUUUCCGUUUAGUAUAAAAAACUUAGUAAUA